AUGUCUUCAUACCCCUCCAGUCUACCAAGCUCCUACUCAGGAUCACCAACUUCGAGCUCGUCUUCACUUUCUUCCCGCCGCCAUUGUUUCUCUUCACCAAAAAGAGACACCACAAAGGUUGGAGAUGAGGUCGGCAUGAUCAAGACCUGGUUCUCGGUGCUGGACGACACUGAGCGAACAUCAGCCCUCGCAUCCAUGGCUGAACUACCAAGCCUGCGAGAAAUCGAGCCAUUGAUUCAAGCACUCAAGGACCGCAAGCGAGAACUAUGGAGGCAAAAGGAAGAACUCAUCAUUCAACCUCCAGUGAAGCCCAAAUGGAUUAUGCCCGCAUUUCCACAUGAUUCCCAAGACUCUCGAUGGGCAUCGAAAUGGCUUCGAGCUUUGAGACUGCACAAGUACGAUAGUUGUUUGUCGGGACUGUCUCCAGCUCAAGUUGCGUCUCUAGAGGACGAGGAUUUGCAACGGCUGGGUAUCGACACGGUUGGCGCUCGGUCGAAGAUGCUUCGAGCCAUCCAUAAUGGGUAA